AUGUUGCAAGCAGGAAAGAUGGCUGAGAUUAUUAAUGAAGUGAAGAGAUGCAAGAUGGAUGUGGUGGCGCUGCAGGAGGUUAGAUGGAAGGGCUCUGGAAGGAUAGAUAAGAAGGAUUAUAGUGUGUUGUAUAGUGGCAAUGAGGAACGAGCUGGUAGACAUGGUACAGCCUUCAUUAUAAAUGCAAAAGUAAGGCAUCGAAUUUUAGCUUUCUGGCCAGUCUCAGAGCAUAUGUGCAAGAUAAGAAUAAAGGGACGUUUCAGGAAUCUGACAAUAAUUUCUGCAUAUGCACCUACUGAAGAAGCCACCGAUGAGGACAAAGAUACAUUCUAUGAAAGUUUGGCUAGGGAAUGCGCAAAAGCCCCAAAGUAUGGCAUGUUGGUAGUGCUUGGCGACUUCAAUGCAAAGGUUGGGAAGGAGCCAUUUUUGAAAGGAGUGUCAGGGAAGCACACACUGCAUGAAGAGACAAGUGAAAAUGGAAGAAGACUUGCUGAAUUGGCCGUGGAACAGGCACUCAUGAUUGCAAGCACAAUGUUUAGGCACAAAAGAAUACACUUGGGUACAUGGAAAAUGCCUGGGUCAAACAUUGUAAAUCAAAUUGACCAUGUGCUUAUCUCAAAAAGACAUACCAGCUCUGUGGAGAACGUGAGAGUGCUUAGAGGACCAAACUGUGACUCUGAUCACUACAUGCUCGAAGCAACCAUACUAGAAAAGCUAGCCUCAGGUGAAAGAAGGUUGGAAGAGAGGAGGACAAGAUGGAAUGUGGAUAACUUACAUGAUGAUGGAAAGAAAGAGGAAUUCCAAACAAGGCUGGAGGAGCAGACAGAGGUUGCUAGAGGGCAGGUGCAGAGGACUGACAAUGUGGGAAAUGUAUGGUAUAUUAUGAAGGAUACCAUAAAGAAGGUAGCUAAGGAAGUCAUUGGGGAGAGAAGAGAAGGACGAAACAUCGAGUGGUUCGAUGAUGAGUGUAGGGCUAUUAUUGAGCAGAAAAACCAAUGCAGACUUGCAAUGAUUCAAAGAGAGACAAGACGGGAGGUUGAAGCAUAUAAAGAGAGUAGAAGAAUAGCUAAGAGACUAAUAAGAAGGAAAAAGAGAGAAUAUCUGAAGGAAAAGUUAACAAACAUAGAGGAGCUCAACACAGCCAAUGAAGCAAAGAAAUUUUAUCAUGCAGUGAAAGUGAUGAAUAAGAGAUUUCAGUCUAGGAGCAUGGGAUGUAAGGACAAGGAAGGAAAUGUAUUGGCUGAGGAGCAGGAAGUAAUGGAUGGAUGGGCGGAAUAUUUUGAGGAACUGACUAUGAGUGAGGAGCUAGGUAGAGUGGAGGAAUGGGUACCUAAGUAG